AUGACAACUCUAGCUGCUGCUGCUCCAGGCAGUGGCCAUAACAACCAUGAGAAUCUUGAUAUAGCAGCCCAACAACACGCCGACCACGUUGCGCGUCAUCAUGGCGUCGUGCUGACCCUCUCCGACGUCUUCGACUCGCCCCAUCGACCACCACAACACCACGAGACCGACGAACGGAGCUCAGCCCGCAGCUGCAGUGUUGACCCGCCAAAAACUUCACCCUCAUCACCACAACAACACCUCCAACAACACCUCCAACAAGGACAACAGCCGGCACUCUCGAAUGAACCAUCGGCGGUCGGCGCGAAAACCACAACCUCGGCACCAACUCAUCGCGUACGAAAACCGUCGCCGGGACUUGCAGCGCGAUUAAAGGCACUCGGCUUUGGCACGGCUCGCAAAUCCACCUCACCACCGCCACCACCGUCGAGCCAUCUCGAGCCCGUUGGCCGCCUUCCGGAAGAGCAACUCAGACGACUUGACCAAGGUCACCUCACCAACUCGGGAAUUACAGCUAUCGAGCGGCGGGGCCGCCCCUGGAGGGGUGCCAUCGCACGCAUCCCUUCCAUUUCGAGCCUCAAGUCGGACAAGUCGCAGCCGCGGACCGAACCCGACGAGCCUGCGCCCGAGCUUCCCAUUGUUGCAGCGCCGAAGCCAGGCUUUCUCCCGGAGAUUGUCACCUCGGAGCCGCUGGAAAUGGACACCAACAAAUACCGCCUUCCGGACCACACAAACGGAAACGGCGUCAAAGCUCAACCGGGGACAAGGGAAGAACACAUCGCACGGGACACCCGGCCGCCCCAGGCACCCCAGACCCCCGACAUCCCGCCGCCGCCUCUCCCGAAAGAUACACCACCACCAACCCGACGCGCCACGAACCCAACCACACCAACCGCGCGCGAUGUUUUCAACCCGGACUCGGUCACCUUCAACCCACUGGGCCUCCAGCGGCCCGGUUCCAUCUACACCCUGUCGCGAGCGUCAUUCGCGAACCAACUUGCCCAGCUCACUUCCAUACAACUUCCGGACGCUGACUCGUUGUCCAACAAGAUCUCUGCAAUCCCCACAGCACAGGCUGCUACAAGAGCGCUGAUAGGUGCAGCUGAGCAGAUUCGCGGUUGGAUAUACAAGGCAUCAGAAGUCAUUGGAGGGUUGGAGAGCGAUGACGAUGUGGAGUGGGCCGCUGCCGGUGGACGCGAGGGCGUCGAGGACGUCGAGAAUGCCAUUGUUCGCUUUGAAGAGCUGAUCAAGGUCUAUGUUGGCGCCAUUGAGGAGCUGCAGGCCCGACAAGACAUUGCUGACGUCUUGGCCGAUGACCUCCGCAGAGCCGUCGCUCAGAUGGAGGCCAUCCUCGAGGAGUGGGCAAAGAUGCGUAAUACGCUGCACAAUGUCAAGUCGCAGGUCGAAAUCGCAAUGGAAUGGGAGGAGUUGUGGAAUAAUGUGCUUGGGGACAUAGAGAACGAGAUGGAUGAGCUCGCCAGAUUGGUCUUUGAGAUGGAGGAAAGACGCCACAAGUCCAUGCUCCCUGUCGCAACAGGCGACAGCAUAGACAUUGGCGACAUGGACACCAUCGACGACGACACGCCCCGAGCGCCGGCACGGUUGCAGCCGACCAACAACCGCUUCAGCCUUCCGGCAUUCCCUGUCAGCCCUACCUCGCCCACUCCCAGCGCGCCGGGCAUUUCCUUGGAUGACUCCAGCUUGUUGGCCCUGUUCGCAAGGAUGCAGCCCCUCCGCGCCUCUCUGGAUUUCCUGCCCAUGAGACUCUCCGUCUUCGAGGCUAGGGCCGAGAGCAUAUUCCCCACGGCUUGCGAAGAGCUAGAACUGCGGAGGUCAGAGCUGGACGCUAGUUACAAGAAGCUGGAGAAAGAUGCCGAGUCACUGCGUAAAGAAUUGGGCGAAGAUCGCUGGAUCCUGGUGUUCCGCGGAGCCGGAAGGCAGGCCCAGAAGAUGUACGACUCAGUCGAGCGGAGCGUAGCCAAGCUACGCGAGGCCAUUGACACGGGGAUGCAACUGACAAAUCAGCCGAUAAUGAGCAAGAAGCUGGAGAACUACGAGGCGAAGAAGACGCACUACGGCCCGGCCAUCGAGCGGGUGUUGUCCAUCAUUGACAGGGGGGUUAAGGACCGGCUGACGGUCAACGGCGAGAUUCUCCGUCUGCAUGCCGAGAUGCAGAGCAAGUGGGAGGAGCUCAAAGAAGCCAUGGCGGACCUGGACGCUUCCGUCGAGGAGCUCCACGCUGAGAGGAGGGAGCAACAGUUGCGAGAUUCUGUCUCAAGCAUGUUAUCCAACGACAUGUCCACCGUUACGAGCGGAACCGAGACGCCUCAAAGCUCGCCACCGUCUUCGGUCAUCAUGUCGUCGAUGGGCCUGAGCAGUUCGACCCAGCUCAAGGCUCCGAAACAGCGCUCGGCAAGCGCUCUGGGCGACACGCCUGCUAACCGAAGACAAUCGUCCUUGCCAACGCCGACAAGCCAGGUGACCCGAAAACCGGUGGCGUCAAGGAUGUCGACACUCUCGGUAGCCGGCGCGCCGUCGAGAGACGGCUCGGCGACACCCACUGCCGACAGGCCAUCACGGCCGUCGUCUUCCUUGGCAGCCCGGCCAAAGUGGAACGCCUCAACCAACACGUCCGACAUCGACACGGGCCACAACUUCAAACCCCUCACCCUCACCACCCCAAGCCCCUAUGCCAAGAAAAUUCCCACCCCAGUCCGCUCCGUCUUCGCCAUGACACCUUCCUCAGCAUCCAAACUGCCCACCCUCGCGCGCAGCCCCCUCUCCCGCGCGGGAUCCGCCUCGCCAAUCCCCGAGAACACACCAUCCAAGCUCCUCUCCUUCCGCGAGCGCCUCGCUUCUCCGGGCCCGCCACCCGCACAGCGCUCCGUUUCCAGACCGCGCCUCGCCUCCCAACCCUCGGCACCGCCUGCCUUUCCAACCCAAACAACCAACAGCCGGCGGGCCUCCCUACAACCCCCACGAUCGAGACCGGCCGAGGUCCCAGCCGCCGCUCCAACACCGCGCAGGCCCACCAGCUCGCUCGCGGCUUCCAGGCGGACUAGCUUGCUGCCCCAGCCGAGGACGACUACUGCUGGUCCUGCUGGUGCUGGUGUUGGUGCUGCUCCGGCUAGGCGUACCAGCGUCACGGGCAGGGAGAGCCCGCAGGCGGUGGCGGGCGCGAGGUUCGCCAUGCGCAAGGAGAGCAGUAGCUCCGCGGCGGCGGAGAAACCCAAGGAUGUGAGGCCGCGGUGGCGGGGCUAG